UUCUAGGAAAAGUUGCUGGGAGAUCUUUGGCACCCAAAUACCACGCUGUGUCCUGACAAUGGCCCUCAACAUGAUGUCUAGUUAUGUGCUUUUGGCAGCAGCGGUGCUGCUGUCUUCCCAGGCACUGGUACUCAAUGUAACAACAGACCAAGUGGAAGUAGGGAAAACAAGAAAUGUUUCCCUAGAAUGUCUCGACAACUUCCCCCAGCCAGAUAAUUCUGAGGUUGUAAUGAUAAGAGUGCUGAAAAAAGACCAUGCUGGGUGGAACAGUUUUGCAGAGAUCCGCGAUUGCGACACGGAAGUACGGCCAAAACGUAAGGGUGUGCUCGCUGUGGCCAACAAGACCCUCACUGUAAACAGCUUUCUGCGGAUCACGUGGCCCGUGGCGACUGACGAUACCAUAGGCACAUUCAGGUGUGACGUAAUUAGCCUGACGUCCUGGGAGGGUGUCAACUGGCAAAAAAGCCUACCCACGUUCGUCUCCCGUAAGAGUGACGUCACACUGCAGAUCCUUAGCAGCAUUGUGGAGGAGAACAAGAACGAUUACCUCCAGCGACUGCGAUCUCAGAGGGAAACCAUUCUGGAGCACGUGACAACCACGGCGGAAGAAGGCAAGAGACAGUGUGCGCAGCAAAAAGAGAACCUUCUACAAAACGUCACCGCGACCGUCGAAUCUCUGCGAGAGAGUUUUGAGAGCAAGUGGAAGAGCCAGCUACAGGUCCUGAGCCACACAGUAGACCAGAACAAGAGAGAGUGUCCACAUCAGAUGCUGUCCCAGAAACGCCAGAUUCUGGAAAAUGUGGAGACGAUCAAGGAGCAGAACAAACUAGCGUCUGUACAACUGGAAGAACGCAUUCUUGGCAACGUCACAGCGACUUUUGAACAAAAUGAAAUGAAGUUAUCACAACUGGAAGAACGCAUUCUUGGCAACGUCACAGCGACUUUUGAACAAAAUGAAAUGAAGUUUGUACAACUGGAAGGACGCAUUCUCGAGAACGUCACGGCGAUGAUUAAGGCUCUAGAAGCAGGUUUUGUGCGCAAGCUGAGUGCUACAAAGACCAAAUUGCAGGUAAAAAUCUCUCGUAGUCUUUGACCUCCAAUAUUGAUGGGAACACUUUUACUUAAGAGUUUCCUAUCCAGAAAUAACACGAACAUAAUUAUUCCUUUAUCAGUGCAUGAAGGACCAGUCUCCUUUUAUAUUGAAUAAUGAAUAUUGAUCUAUGAUUCACAAC